AUACGCCUGGCGUAUGAGAACGCGUUCAGAAGUCCAUCGUGUGGGAUGCGGAAUAAAAUCUCAAAUAAAACGUUUUGAAUAACCAGCUUCAGGGAAAAUUGAAGAACAGAAGAAAGUGUUUGCUUCUUGGAAGAAUUUUUCCUAGAUUAUUCCGAGAAAAGUGCUUAAUGGAACUUAAGUUUCUUUCAAAAACUUUCAAAAAUAAUAAAACAAAUUCUUUUGGCAUAGACUUGGACAGUUUUAAGUGGAUUUAAUUUAUUGUGAAGAAAUAAAGUGUGAAAAAACCAUGCUAAUGAAAGUAAGAAAUUGCCCAAAGUGGAUUAUAAUGAACUAAUUUCAAAUGAAAUUAUCUUAAACUUGAAAUUAUCAUGGUGGAUAAUCAUGAGCAAAGUUCUAGCUACAAACUACGAGACUAUUUGAACUCACAACUGAAGUUUAAAGUUCUUAAAGUUAAUGAUAACGAGCCGAAUAUUCAUUUACAAACACUCACAAAACACCAACCACUAUUUGAGUUAUUUGAGUGAAAGAUUUAUCGACAAAAAUUUGCAGUCCAAAUCCAAAACUGAAGUUUAAAUUUCGUUCUGUAAAGAAAAAGUUCUCCAAUAUAAUACGAUCCACAACUACAACGAAAUAAAGGCGCCCAAAGUUUUUCCACUAAAAGACAAUGAGCAAAGUUCUAACCACAAAUCCCUAAAGAUUCCGACAUAAAAACCCUCCGAAACCCCUUAAAAAAUCCUGAAAAAACCCUCCGAAACUGCACUCAAAAUGACAACAAUCGCCCCCUGUUUGUGGUUGUGCUCAAUAUUACUCCUGAUGAGUCCAAUUUCAACAUCAAACAGUCGACGCACACGACGACAGAAUCGCUCCGAUCAACUCCUAGCGGAUAUAGGAGUCCAUGCGCAGAGCUACGAUCCCAGAAAACUCGAAAACGGUCUACAACAAUACACAAACUUUGACAGAGAUUUACGACAAUUAUUCCUGGGCACACGACGCGUAAUGUUAAAUUUUGCACUGCGAAAUAUUGAAGAUUUAAAGAAUCGAAACAUGCGAGAGGGCAAGAUACAGCUGCCUAUCUCCAAGAGGAAACCAUUUCCGUGUCCCAUGAACAAUACGAGAUCGGAGAAAACACCCACCUCCGUGGAGAAGUUACGCCCCGGAGAUAUCGAUAUUAUAGCGGCUUUUGGGGACUCACUAUCAGCGGGUAAUGGCAUACUAUCGAAUAAUGCCAUGGAUAUGAUCAAUGAAUUUCGAGCAUUGAGUUUUUCCGGUGGGGGACUGGAAAAUUGGCGUAGGUAUCUGACGCUGCCGAAUAUUCUAAAGAUAUUUAAUCCGAAAUUGUAUGGCUUUUCGGUGAGCAAUAGUCUGGUGGUUAAUCAUCGAAAUUCACGCUUCAACAUUGCCGAACCGAUGAUCAUGUCGAGGGAUUUGCCAUUUCAGGCCAGAGUCCUAAUCGAACUGUUGCGUCGUGAUCCGCAUGUGGACAUGAAGCGACACUGGAAGCUGCUGACAGUUUAUGUAGGCAAUAAUGACAUUUGCUCGGAUCUGUGCCACUGGGAUGAACCGCAGGCGUUGCUCGACCAACAUGCCAGCGAUCUGAGGCAGGCCUUUCGACUGCUCCGUGAUAAUGUGCCACGUUUGCUCAUCAAUUUGAUUGUAGUGCCGAAUAUUUUGCUCACUCUGACGACCAUGAAGGAGAUACCCUUUCAGUGCUUUGUGGUGCAUCGUGUGGGAUGUCACUGUCUGAUGAACGAUCGUUUGAAUCGCACGCAGCGGAGUCAACGCAUGGAUACCCUGCGACGCUGGCAACAGGUGGAUCUGGAUGUGGCACGUCUGCCCGAGUUUCAUCGCGAAGACUUUGCCAUUGUGGCGCAUCCGAUGCUGGCAAAUAUGACGGCACCUCGACUGGAGAAUGGCCACACCGAUUGGCGUUUCUUUUCGCACGAUUGCUUUCAUUUCAGUCAGCGUGGACAUGCCAUCGUCUCGAAUAUGCUGUGGAACAGCAUGCUGCUCCCAGAUGAUCGCAAACCACGUCCCUUCACCAUUCCAGGGCUAUUCGAGAGCAUUGUCUGUCCCAGCGAAGAGCAGCCCUACUUUGUGGUGAGACCGGGAUAGGGUCCGCUUCGCUCCUGCCCGAAGGUUACUAUGGGGUUUGGGUUACAUUGUGGGGACUACUGUAUCGAAAGUUAAAGCUGUGUCUGUGUCUGAUAUAAGGUCACGUCUUAAGGUUUUAUUUGUAAGUUUUGUGAUUAUUAAAAAGAAAGAAAGGAA